AAAAAUUCACACACACACAUACACACACACACACACAGGACGGAGGUCUGCUCUCAAACUCAGACAGCAGAGUUUGUCCAACAGACACAGAUGUUGGAGUUUCCUCCGUUUUCUUCUUCUGUCACGGUGAAGGUGGAAGGUGUGUGUGAGCUGAUGUGGAUCCAGUGAAUCCAGCAGCAUGGAUCAGUGGGAGGAACCACGGGAGGGAGCCCCUCCCCCUAAAAAAAGGAAAGAUGGUAACCAUGACAACCAGAGCAAAGCUCAGGGGAACCAACCUGAACCUGGACCUGGAUCCAGCUGGGGGUCCAACAGGAGUGACAUGUCAAAGGGUUUGCCUCCUAACUUCAAAGCCAUCCAUUCAGCAGUGGAACAAGGUCAACAGGUCACACAGAGAGUCCAGUCUGCAGCCUCCGGCUGUGGAUCCAAGAAGAGGGACCGAUCCAAAGAUGAUCCUCCAGACUUCAGAACUGAACCAGGACCUUCAGACUCACAUGUCCACAGAGAGAAGAAGAGGAGCGGACCCCAGUCUGCAGAAAGACCCAGAGCUGCAGAUGUUGGUCUGCAGGAGAUGUUUGGAGAACAUCAGAUCAGUCUGAGGAGCAGAAGUGAACAUGUGGCUGAAGGAACUGAAGAAGCAGGAAGAGAAACGCUCCUCAACAGGGUCUACACUGAGCUCUACAUCACAGAGGAACUGAGACAAGAGGCUCACACCCAACAUGAGGUGAUGCAGCUGGAGACAACCACCAAGACCAACAAGCUCCAUGACACUGCAAUCAAGAACCCAGACAUCUUCAAAGUCCUCUCUGACCAACACAGAUCCAUCAGAGUGGUUCUGACCAGCGGAGUUGCUGGAGCUGGAAAAAGCUUCUCAGUGCAGAAGUUCACUCUGGACUGGGCCGAGGGCUUGGAGAACCAAGACAUCAGUGCUGUGGUUCCUCUGUCCUUCAGGGAGAUGAACUUGAUCAGAGAUGAGCAGCACAGUCUUCUCACUCUGAUCCAGCUGUUCCAUCCAACACUCCAGAAGAUCCCAGCAGAACAGCUGUCUGUCUGCAAACUUCUGUUCAUCUUUGAUGGUCUGGAUGAAAGCAGACUUUCUCUGGACUUCAACAACAGUCCGGUGGUGUCUGAUGUCACACACAAGUCCUCAGUCAACGUGCUGCUCACUAACCUCAUCCUGGGACGUCUGCUGCCCUCAGCUCUGGUCUGGAUCACUUCCAGACCUGCAGCAGCCAAUCAGAUCCCUCCUUCAUGUGUGGACAGACUGACAGAAGUACGAGGCUUCAAUGAUGAUCAGAAGGAGGAGUACUUCAGGAGGAGGUUCCCAGAUGAAAAGCUGUCCAGCAGAAUCAUCUCCCACAUCAAGGGCUCCAUGUCCCUCUACAUAAUGUGUGAAGUUCCAGUCUUCUGCUGGAUCACUGCUGUGGUUCUGGAGAACCUGCUGACCACAGAGCAGAGAGGAGAGCUGCCCACCACCCUAACUGACAUGUACUCCCACUUCCUGAUGGUCCAGACAAAGAGGAAGAAGAACAAGUACCAGCAGGAACUUCAGACAAGUCCACAAGAGCUGACAGAGACUGACAGGGAAGUUCUUCUGAAGCUGGGGAGGCUGGCAUUUGAACAUCUGGAGAAAGGAAACAUCAUGUUCUACCAAGAAGACCUGCAGCAGUGUGGUCUGGAUGUCACAGAGGCCUCAGUGUACUCUGGAGUUUGUACCGAGAUCUUCAGAAGAGAGUGUGGGAUCUUCCAGAAACCGGUCUACAGCUUUGUUCAUCUGAGCGUUCAGGAGUUUCUGGCUGCAGUCUACAUGUUCCACUGUUACUCCAGGAGGAAGGUAAAGGUCAUUGAGGACUUCCUGAAGGACAUGAACAUGGAGAACCCAUCCCUGGAUGAGUUUCUGAGUAGAGUCAUGGAGAUUUCCCUGCAGAGUCAAACUGGACACCUGGACCUGCUGGUUCGCUUCCUUUAUGGUCUCUCUGUGGAGUCCAACCAGAGACUCUUAGGAGGCCUGCUGGGUCAGACAGAGAAGAAUCCAGAAACCAUCCAGAGAGCCAUCAACAACCUGAAGGAGAUCAACAGAGAAGGAUUUUCUCCUGACAGAAUUCUCAACAUCAGUGGAGUUUCUCCUGAAAGAAUUCUCAACAACAUUGGAGUUUUUCCUGACAGAAGCAUCAACAUCUAUCACUGUCUGAUGGAGAUGAAGGACCUAUCAGUUCAUCAGGAGAUCCAAGAGUUCCUGAAGUCAGAGACCUUAUCAGGGAAGGAACUCUCAGAGAUCCACUGCUCAGCUCUGGCCUACACUCUGCAGAUGUCAGAGGAGGUUCUGGAUGAGCUGGACCUGGACAAGUACAACACAUCAGAUGAGGGUAAACGGAGACUGAUCUCAGCUGUGAGGAACUGCAGAAAGUUCAGAAUUUCACAAUGUGGAUUCUCAGAGACUCACUGUGAAAUUAUGGCUUCAGCUCUGAAGUCCAACCCAUCCCACCUGAAAGAACUGGACCUGAGCGACAAAAGUCUGGAGGAUUCCAUAGAGGUUCUGUGUUCUGGACUGGAGUGUCCAAACUGCAGACUGCAGAAUCUGAGGUUGAGGAACUGCAGUUUGUCAGAGAUCAACUGUGAAGCUCUGGUCUCAGCUCUGAAGAAAAACCCGUCCAACCUGACAAAACUCGACCUGAGCUACAACAAGAACCUGCAUGAUUCAGGAGUUCUUCAUCUGUGUGGUUUUCUGGAGAGUCCAGACUGCAGACUGCAGACUCUGAGGUUGAGGAACUGCAGUUUGUCAGAGAUCAGCUGUGAAGCUCUGGUCUCAGCUCUGAAGAAAAACCCGUCCAAUCUGACAGAACUGGACCUGAGCGGGAACGAGAACUUGCAGGAUUCAGGAGUUCUUCAUCUGUGUGGUUUUCUGGAGAGUCCAGACUGCAGACUGCAGACUCUGAGGUUGGUAAACUGCAGUUUGUCAGUGAUCAGCUGUGAAGUUCUGGUCUCAGCUCUGAAGAAAAACCCGUCCAAUCUGACAAAACUGGACCUGAGCCACAACGAGAACCUGCAGGAUUCAGGAUUUCAUCCUCUGUGUGGUUUUCUGGAGAGUCCAGACUGCAGACUGCAGACUCUGAGGUUGUUCAGCUGCAAUCUGUCAGAGAUUAACUGUGAAGCUCUGGUCUCAGCUCUGAAGAAAAACCCGUCCAAUCUGACAGAACUGGACCUGGGCUGGAACGACCUGGAGGAUUCAGGAGUUCCUCAUCUGUGUGGUUUUCUUGAGAGUCCAGGCUGCAGACUGCAGACUUUGAGGUUGAUAGACAGUUUGUCAGAGAUUAACUGUAAAGCUCUGGGCUCAGCUCUGAAGAAAAACCCAUCUAAUCUGACAGAACUGGACCUGAGCGACAACAACUUGCAGGAUUCAGGAUUUCUUCAUCUGUGUGGUUUUCUGGAGAGUCCAGAGUGCAGACUGCAGACUCUGAGGUUGUGGAGCUGCAGUUUGUCAGAGAUCAGCUGUGAAGCUCUGGUCUCAGCUCUGAAGAAAAACCCGUCCAAUCUGACAAAACUGGACCUGAGCGAGAACAGGAACCUGCAGGAUUCAGGAUUUCUUCAUCUGUGUGGUUUUCUGGAGAGUCCAGACUGCAGACUGCAGACUCUGAGGUUGUGGAACUGCGGUUUGUCAAAGAUCAGCUGUGCUGCUCUGGUCUCAGCUCUGAAGUCCAACCCGUCUCACCUUACAAAACUGGACCUGACCGAUAACAACCUUCAGGAUUCAGAUCUUCAGCAGCUCCAGGAUCUGGUGGAGAGUCUAAACUCCAAACUGCAGACUCUGAGCUGGGAGGAAUAAAGAGUCUGAUGCUCCUUCUGGAGGAGCAGAGAGGAGCAGCAGCAGCAGCUGGUCUGCAGAGAUGUUGUGACUGGACGGUGUUGCCUGGAGGGGGAGAGCAGAGUGAUGGAGGAAUCAGAGGAAGUGGAGAUGAGUGUCAGAGCUGCAGCAUGAACUGAUCUGAGAUCAGCUCCACUGUCUCAGCAUCAAGUGGACAGUUAUUGUGCUGCAGCUCCCCCGGUGGACUGAUGGAGAACUGCACUUCCUCUUUUGUUUCUAACUUGUUAGGAAGUUUUCUUCUUCUUUUCUCUAUGAAUACACUCCUUCAUCCAGGUAGAAUCCAUCAUAGUAGUAGGUUUAAAGGUUGUCAUCUGAACUUGGUUUUCUACUUCCCUUGUCUCUCAUAUUGGAAACUUUUCUUAACUUUUUCCAUACACUCUUACCAUAGUUACUAAUGUCAUCUUCCCUAUCUGCUGACGUCUGUGUGUGUCCAUAGAGAUGUUUUUAUGUACAUUAUAGUGGCAUUUUCGCCUGCUUGUUCUGAU